GAGAGGUGAGAUGUUUCCUGACGAACCCGCUCUGAGCAGCAGGGGGCGCUGUCGCUGACAUUGCCGGGUGAGGUCAGGGCGGAGCCAGCGGAGUGGCUAUGGCGGAGCCGGGGAGCUGCGAGGCCCCGGAGCGCAGCCAGGCGCCCAGCGCGGAAGGCAAGUUGCAGCUCCGGAAAGAGAAGAGGCAACAGAAGAAAAAGCGCCGCGAAGCGGAGAAGGAGCCCAAGCUGCCCCCCGAUGGGCUCGUCCAUCCCGGUCCCACGCCUGCUGGGCAGCUGCCUCCGCCAGGGCCAGAACCUACCACGCCGGGUCUUCCUGACAAAGUCUCUGGUGGCGAGAGGGCGGGCCUGGGCAAAAGUAAGGCUGAGUUGCGAGCUGAGCGCCGGGCCAAGCAGGAGGCCGAUCGGGCGUUGAAGCAAGCUCGGAAGGGUGAUCCGAGUCAGACAACCAUGCCUACAAAGCCUCGGGUAGGACCCAAUGAAGUCCAGCCAGCAGUCAAGAGGCUCCCAGAACAUGUGCAGGUGGAUGAUCCAGCUGCCCAAAAAAAGCUAGCCAAAAAGUUGGAGCGUCAGCAGGUCCCUAUGAGGCCAGAUUAUGGUGCCAAAGUUAGUCUGUUCUCCCACUUGCAUCAGUAUAGUCGCAAAGAGUUACUCACACAACAGAUGAGCAUCCCGGUCUCCACCAUCCACCCUGCAGUGGUGCGUCUUGGCCUCCAGUACUCUCAGGGCAUCAUUAAUGGCUCCAAUGCUCGGUGUAUUGCACUCUUAAAAGUUUUCAAACAGGUGAUUAGAGACUAUACCACUCCGGCCAACGAGGAACUUUCACGGGAUCUUGUAAACAAGCUGAAACCUUACAUCAGCUUCCUGACUCAGUGCAGGCCCCUCUCUGCCAGCAUGGGCAAUGCCAUCAAAUUUCUUAAGAAGGAGAUCUCUUCACUGCCAGGGACCAUACGAGAAGAGAAGGCCAAGGAGCAACUUCAGGAGACAAUUGACAAAUAUGAGCGGGAGAAGAUUUUUCUGGCAGCUGAAGCCAUUUCCAAAUUUGCCUUUGAGAAGAUCAACGAUGGUGACGUCAUCCUUGUCUAUGGAUGCUCGUCCUUGGUGAGCCGCAUUCUCUGUGAGGCUCAUGCCAAUCAUCGUGCCUUCCGAGUGGUGGUAGUGGACAGUCAGCCACGGUUAGAAGGGCGGGAGACACUAUGCCGCCUGGUGAAACAGGGAGUCCGCUGCAGCUAUGUGCUAAUCAAUGCCAUCUCCUACAUGUUACCUGAGGUUUCCAAAGUGCUGUUAGGAGCUCAUGCACUAUUAGCCAAUGGGUCAGUGAUGUCACGUAUGGGCACCUCACAAAUUGCACUGCUUUCCAAGGCCUAUAAUGUGUCUGUACUAGUCUGCUGUGAGACCUACAAGUUCUGUGAUCGGGUUCAGACCGACUCCUUUGUCUCCAAUGAACUUGAUGAUCCAGAUGACCUGAUUGGGUCAAAAGGAAAGAGAAGUCCAUUAUCCAACUGGCAGGAAAGCAAAUCGUUGCGCCUUCUCAAUUUAGUCUAUGAUGUGACCCCCCUAGAGUUGGUGGAUCUGGUCAUUACAGAGUUGGGGAUGAUCCCUUGCACCUCUGUUCCUGUUGUUCUGCGUGUCAAAAAUGUGGAGCAGUAAUGUUGGAAGAAUGAAUAAACCUGCGUGUCUCUGCUCCAUGCCUCUGUUUAUAUAUCCCAUUGUGUGAGCACCUGAGUGAAACAGGAUUCCCAACUCUGGGAGAAUCAACUGAAUCCUUGUCCAGGACUUAAGUAAUUUAUGUUCAGCUGUUCUCUGGUUUUUGGGGGGCAUCGUUUGCUAUCGAUUUGUUGCUGUCAGAAAUGGAGUUAUAUUUAUUAUAGAAUUUAUCAAUGCCUUUCUGUUUAUUCCAACACUCAGUUUAGAGCUAGGGCUUCACUCUGGAAUUUAUUUAUUAUCAUGAGUAUAUUUGAACAUGUAGAUACAGUAUCUCUCUUUAUCCUUGACUGUGUUCUAUGUUCAAAUAGACCUGAGACCCAGAAUCUUUUUUUUUUAGCAACUAGGGCCUUGUGAAAUACCUCGUUUUCUAUACAUUUCUUGCCAAAUGUAUAGAUCUGUCCAAACUUCCCUUGCACUGAUUUGUGUUUUCUUACAUGAGGCAAUUCUGAAAUAUCAAUGUAGAUGUCAGGGGGUUCCUACAUGGUACUAAACAAAAAUAUUACUUGUUUGGUUUCAGCUUAAAACAAUGUGUGAAUGUAUUUUAACAUCUAUGAGCAAGCCAACUUAAUUAGUAAACCAAGUUUAAAAUUAAUUAUGGCUUAAUGCAGUGUGCAAACCAAUGUGAGGACAGUUGGAAAACUGAUCUCAUAACAACAGUAACCUGCUGCAUAAUAUACCUCUGAUUCUCCCCCUCUUAGAUAAACUACUAGUCCCUAUCAUAUAUAGGAUAUUACUCUAGCUGCCCUCAGUGUCUCAUUCUAAUUACCCUACAGCAGGCAUGUCAAACUGCCGGUCUUCAGGCCAGAUGCGUCAUGCCAAAACCACACCCACCCCAUUGCCGGCAAUGGGGAAAAAGUUGCGAUAUGUUGCGCGACGUCACGUGAUGUCGUGAGUUUGACAUGCCUGCCCUAGAGAUAUCUAUCAUGAGGUGAAUCAUUAUAUUUAAAAGAUUUCUUAGACUUUUGUCUCCAGAUAUUUGGGGAUUAAAGUUUCCAGAAUUCCCAAAACAUUGCUGUUGGUAUUUGAAGGGUGAAAGCAGCUUUGGGGCAAGGUAUUAAGGAAUUUUAUUUAUUUAUUUCUUGCCUCCAUUGCUCUCAGUAAUGUGGGGGAAAUGACCUACUGCUUCAGGUGGAGCAAUAAUUGUGCAGAAAGAAUUUGGUCGCUCAUGAAAAUGCUUAACAUUGAUGAAUAAACGAAUCCGGUAGCAGGCC